GAGCGCCCGAGCAGAGCAGCGGGGAAGCCACCAGUGGAAGAAGAGAGCUGGCAGAGACGGAAAAGAGGGAAAGACGGACAGAAGAGAGGCGAGACAGGAGAAGACGGACAAGAGGCAGGGACACGGACUGGCAGGAGCGCCGUCUCUCCUCGGCUCACCGUCCCGGUGCUCCCGUUAUCCUCGUGGAUUGUCUCAUCGCCUUCAUCUAAGGGAUGCCCUAUUGAUUACUGCUUCCAAACAAAGUCCAUGGAUUACAGCCACAGUGUUGUGAAGGCUUUGAUAAUAGCUCCGUCAACAUUAUGACACAUGUCAAGUCAAGAAGAGCCACAGUAGAAGACUGACAGGAGUUUAUUUUCCACAUUUCCGGUUAUUCUGGGACAUCAGUCUUUCUGUUUUUUUCUUCUCAUACGGACUUUGAGCAUGUUUUCUUGAUUGGUCUUUUGACCCAGCCACUCUCAACGUCUCUACAGUCUACGGCCCACGUCCUCUCAACCCCCCCUCACCAUGUACGGUAGCUCUCGCUCCAUCUCAAAGCUGGACGUCGUUGGAUCCAAUGGCAACGGGUCCGGGAGCCCCGGCCGCUCGCCGCGCCUCCCCCGCUCCCCGCGUUUGGGACACCGACGCAACAGCAGCAACAGCUCCAGCGGCGGACUCACCGGCUCCGGCAAAACCUUAUCCAUGGAGAAUAUUCAGUCUCUCAACGCUGCCUACGCCACCGGCGGCCCCAUGUACUUCACCGACGCGGCCGACGACCCGGUCGGCAUCGGGAGCCUGGGAAGCGGGCUGAACCCGCAGCUUCCUAAAAGCACCAUGACCCUGGGCAGAGCCGGGGCCAGGGUGCCCUACGGGGUCAGGUCGGCCGUCAUGGGCAGCAGUCCCAAUAUAAACACUGGAGGCGGAGGAGGAGGAGGAGGAGGAGGAGGAGGAGGAGGGGGGAGCAGUGGAGCGAUCGUGCCUAGUGACGCAAUUGCAUUUGGCGGGGAACUGCAAAACCAGCCCCCACAGGCGUCUACCGUGCCCCACUCCAUGAGACAGGUGAGAGACGGCGCGAUGACGGACCUACAGACGCAGUUAAGGGAAGUGCUGAGAGAGAACGAGCUACUACGCAGAGAACUGGAGGCCAAAGAGUCCAAGCUGAGCUCCUCUAUGAACUCCAUCAAGACCUUUUGGAGCCCAGAGCUGAAGAAAGAGAGAGCGCUCAGGAAGGAUGAAGCCACGAAGAUGGCCGUGUGGAAGGAGCAGUACAGGGUGGUGCAGGAGGAAACCCAGCAUCUUCAGUGCUCCAUCCAGGCUUUACAAGAUGAGCUCAGGAUCCAGCGCGAUCUCAACCAGCUCUUCCAGCCGGAUUUCUCCGGCGGCCUCGGGAACCAGGCCAUCCCCCCUCAAGAAAUGACGGAGGAGAACUUCCUGCGGCUGCACGGCGAGUACGAGCGGCAGGUCAAGGAGCUCUUCCUCCUGAGGAAGACCGUGGAGGAAAUGGAGCUGAGGAUAGACACGCAGAAACACACGCUAACUGCCAGGGAUGAGUCGAUAAAGAAGUUACUGGAAAUGUUGCAGAGCAAAGGCCUGUCGUCCCGGGCAACCGAGGAGGACCACGAGCGAACGAGGCGGCUGGCCGACGCCGAGAUGACCAUCCACCAGUUGGAGGGACUGCUGGAGCAGAAAGACAAGGAGAUGCUACAACUCAGAGAGGAGCUGCACAGGAGAUACGAAGCAGCGCCAGAGUCCACAAAAACCAAGGCCCUGCAGACAGUCAUCGAAAUGAAGGAUGCGAAAAUCAGCUCGUUGGAGCGCGGCAUGAGAGAGAUGGAGGACGAGUUGAUGAUGCUCAAGUCCAACGGAGCUCUGAGCAGCGAGGAACGGGAGGAGGAGAUCAAACAGAUGGAGGUGUAUCGAUCCCACUCCAAGUUCAUGAAGAACAAGGUUGAGCAGCUGAAGGAAGAGCUCGCUCACAGCCAAUCAGAGAAGGACGAGCUAAGGCAACGAGCCAAUGAGCUUCAGCAGGAGGUGUCUGCAAUGGAACAAGCGAAGCAGGAGCUGAGUCGUAAGGACAGCGAGCUGUUGGGUCUCAGGACCAAGCUGGAGACUCUGAACAACCAGUUUUCUGACAGUAAACAACACGUGGACGUUCUCAAGGAGUCGCUCACAGCCAAGGAGCAGAGAGCCGCCAUACUACAGACCGAGGUGGAUGCCCUGCGUCUCCGUCUGGAAGAAAAGGAGUCCCUACUUUCGAAAAAGAGUCAGCAGAUAUCAGAGGUGACGGAGGAGAAAAGCACUCAGCAGGGAGAGAUCGCCGACCUCAAGGACAUGCUGGACGUCAAGGAACGCAAAGUGAACGUCCUGCAGAAGAAGAUAGAGAACCUGCUGGAUCAGCUGAGGGAUAAAGAGAAACAGCUGAGCGGCCUGAAAGACCGAGUCAAGUCUCUGCAGACGGACACCUCGAACACAGACACUGCGCUGGGAACACUGGAGGAGGCUCUGGCUGAGAAGGAGCGUAUCAUCGAGCGGCUGAAGGAGCAGCGGGAGCGGGAGGACAGAGAGAAGGGGGAGGAGAUGGAGAGCAGCAAGAAGGAGCUGAAGGACUUGAGGGAGAAAGUCUCCCAGCUGCAGGCCGACCUGGCCGACCGCGAGACGUCAGUGUUGGAUCUGAAGGAGAAGGCUUCUUCUCUCGCCUCCUCGACUCUGAAGAAGGACAACAGGCUAAAAAGUCUGGAGAUCAGUCUGGAGCAGAAGAGAGAGGAGUGCAUCAAACUGGAGAACCAACUCAAAAAGGCUCAGAGUGCGGCGACGGAGUCCCAGGCCAGCACUGAACUCUCUGAACGCAUCUCCUGCCUGGAGCAGGAAGUGACCCGGCACAAGGAGGACGCUGGGAAGGCGCAGUCGGAGGUGGAACGACUUCUGGAGAUCCUCAGGGAGAUGGAGAAUGAAAAGAACGACAAGGAGAAAAAGAUCCACGAACUGGAGAGAAGUCCUUCCGCCUCUCACCUGUGGCGUUCUCAGCAGUCGCCGCGAAAACAGGCCCCUCCCCCUGCUGCCUCUCAGCAGCCAAUGGGGGGGCUGGUGUGGGACUACCUGGGCACUCUUGCCUCAAGACAGAUGAAGGACCAGUCGAAGAAGGUGGCCAACCUGAAGCACAAGGAGCAGCUGGAAAAGAGCAGGAACGCCCAGCUGAUGGAGGAGGCCAAGAAGAGAGAGGACAACCUGAACGAAAGCUCGCAGCAGAUAAAGGACUCCCUCCGUCAGAAGGAGGAGCGCAUCGAGGAGCUGGAGGAGGCGCUGAGGGAGAGCGUUCAGAUCACGGCCGAGAGGGAGGUGGUCCUCGCCCAGGAGGAGCAGGCGCGCACCCAGUCCGAGAAACAGGUGGAGGACCUGCUGGUUGCCAUGGAGAAGGUGAAACAGGAACUGGAGGUGAUGAAAGCCAAGCUGUCGUCAACGCAGCUCUCACUGGCCGAGAAGGAAGGUCACCUGACCGCCCUGAGGGCCGAGAGGCGGAAACACCUGGAGGAGGUCCUGGAGAUGAAGCAAGAGGCACUGCUGGCAGCCAUAAGCGAGAAAGACGCCAACAUCGCCCUGCUGGAGCUCUCCUCGUCCAAGAAGAAGAAAACCCAGGAAGAAGUGGCAGCUCUGAAGAGGGAGAAAGAUAGUCUGGUGCAACAGCUCAAACAGCAGACACAAAACCGGAUGAAGCUGAUGGCCGACAACUACGACGACGACCACCUGAAGGUCUCGUCUCCGAACGCGGAGCAGCCCAACAAUCACAAGCCCUCCCCAGAUCAGAUCCUCUCUCCUCUCCUGGACCUCAAUCAAAACCGCAGUAAAAUGAAGCUGUACAUCAGUCACCUGACCUCACUGUGUCAGGAGCGAGACCCAAUCAUAUUGCAGGACUUUGCCCCGCCCGCCUCCUAUCACCGCUCUGACCCCGCCUCCUGGCAUUCCCAGCUGCACAGCAUGACGCAGGAACAGUUGGAGGCGGAGCUAGCGCUGUGUGAGAAGGAGGGGGCGGAGCUCCAGGAGUACGCCAAUCAGGUCCUGCAGCAGAUCGCCGACCGAUGCCCCGACAUUUUGGAACAAGUCGUCAACGCCUUGGAGGACAGCUCCUGACAGACUAAUGCGCACACACUGACAGACACACAAAUAAACUCACAAGACAUUCAUUCAUCCACUCAUUCAUUCACACACGAGGUCAGAAGGCAAGCAAACAUGCAUCAAACCGACCCCAUAAUCCUCUGAUAGACAAAUAAAUGAAGGCUUUUUUUCUUUCUGUUUUCUCUUCGUUCGUCCCAAGUUCAGACGGAAAAGGAGCUGAAAGGAAAGAAGGUUGUGUUAUUAUUUCCACAGUGUCUUUUAGUCGCUAUCAUUUCAAACAUCGUUUUUCAGUUUAAAGUGUUUGUUGUCUGGCUGGUUAAUCGGGAAUUGUUGACUUUUUACGUGGAUUUCCGUUUUAAAAAAGAAAAACUAACAAAAAAAAAAAGAAAACACUUAGCCUUCGCUUCACGUAGCCAUCUUGCGUCCUGGCCAUCAGCAGUCAGACUUGAGGAAUAUAUUGUCAAACCUUUAGUGAAAGGGUGAGUUUUCAGCUCGUUUCCGAUGCCAGACUUACCCGCUGUUGCCACAUUGUUAUUUGAUUGGUUCAAACGUGUGUUUAUUUCAGCUGCCUUUGGCUCUUUGCAUCAUUUUGCUGCUAUCUUUUUAACUUUUAGUUCCCUUUUAUUUUUUAUUUUCACCCCGUUUUCUCCAGGUGUCUGAUGAAACGUCCCCGUCUUGUAGUUCCUUCCGUCGGUAAUCUCUAGGUAGUUGUGUAAAUUGCGAAGGGAGAGGAUUAAUUAGCGGCUUUCGUCGGGGGAGGGGGGGUAACGUGGUGACACUUCAAUCUUUUGCUUUCCACUAUUGAUGAAAUGAAUCUCGCAAUACUCCCUUUAUUAAAAAAAACUGUGUAAAUGUGUUUCUUUUUCUUUAACCUCAGAAGACGUGUCCAUGCUAAUGAGUUCACAAUCAUCUUUUAUGACAAUCCCUUUAGCGUGAACAUGAGGUCAAGUCUCAAUCGUUUUCCCUCGUUCAAACAUUUUUCUUUCUGUCUUUCACGGGAGGGAGGGAAAUAUAAAAUAAAUAUUACAUAUAUUUUUUUUGCUUUUCGUAAUAUAUAUAUAUAUAUAUAUUAAAAAAAAAACGCUAAUCUCGUUCAGUUGAAAACGUUGUCAUUUAUUGGUUGGUAUGCUGCAUUAAACGUGUCGAUUUGUUUUUGUUCUGGUUUGUGAAUAACCACAGAUCUGUUCCAUGAGGAGGACGCUGUUGCACCUACACGAGGCUCUGUGUUCACCGGGGACACUUCUCUCAGAAUCGGUUUCUUGUUCUCGUUGUUUACAGUGGAAGAAGUGACACUCUGCAUGUUUCUCACGGCGCUGACAGCCUUAGCAUGAUUUAAAGGCUCACAGCGCUGAGCACCGGAGGCUCGGGGAGGCUCAGAUUGUUUCAACUUAAAGCGAAAUUUCCUCUUUCCAAGAUUUUUUUUUCUUCUUUUUUUUUCUGUUUUCAGUCUUAUAUCGUAGUGAGAGCCGGAGCCUUGGCUGGCGUUGGGAAGCGUUUAGCUCCCUGCAAAGAAACACCUGGUGGACACAAAGCCUCGGAUUUACACUGCACUCUUAAAUCUGAUCGGACACCCUUACCUGAUCUUUAAAAAAAAAAAGAAAAAAGUAUUUCAAGCAUCUAAACGGUGUUUUAAAAUAACUCAAAUCCACAUGGGUGUAGACGAGGAGUUUCCUUUCAAACAUUACGCUUCAAAAGGAGGGCGGGCGGUUCGUUUUGGAAUGAAACUCCGUCAGAUAUGAGCUUGUGUUGUAAAUUCAGUAAUUUCUUGUCUGUUUUUUACUGAUAAUGUUUGUCACUGGGAACGAUGACGGCCGGGACUCCCUUUGAAUUUAUGUGGACUGUAAAUCGGAAUGAGAGAAUGGAAUAAAAUAUGGAUUUAUCUUUA